UGGUAGUUUCAACAUCGACCACCAGAGGGCAGUCGCGGGCGCGUCGCUACGUCAUCGACGUGCGACUGUAGUCGGCGUUACCCAGCACACAGCUGCUUUCGUUUGUGGUCAAACGAAACAGGAGGCUCCGAUGCCUGGCAGUUUUAAUAUGGCAACUGCUAUAUUUAGACAGUUGGUUGGAGAUACUUUCUGUACUUGUAGUCGGUGUUUUUUAAAGUUGUGGCUGCAGCCGGUUGUAUAAGGUUAACGUCACUAUGAGCUGGCUAGCUGUGGUCUGCGGCUACACGUGGUAACAUUCAGGUUUUUAACAGUUUUGUUUGGGUAGUUUGGUUAAAACAGGCAAAGAUAGACGAAGACUUUGAAAAUGUCCCGAAACCAUAAGAGACACGGCAUACCGGACAGCCCCGAUGUUUUUCUUCCCGAUAGAUGGCUGGAUUACAAAGCUGUUGGGAAAAGACUCCGCGGGACACGUUUCAUUGCCUUCAAAGUGCCCCUGAAACAGUCUUUGACGCGUCAGCUUCCAUGCUCUGAUGUCUUCGGUCCCUGGGAGCUGCGGGACACUUUGAACAAAGAAAACCAAGAACUUGGUUUGAUCAUCGACCUGACCUUCACCACACGCUACUACAAGCUACAGGACGUACCGGAGUCUCUGCUGUUUGUGAAGAUCUUCACGGCCGGUCACGAGGUUCCCAGUGACGAUACAAUCCUGAGCUUCAAACGUGUCGUACGCAAGUUUCUACGAGACAACGCAGAUAACGACAAACUGAUCGGAGUCCACUGUACCCACGGCCUCAAUCGCACCGGCUAUCUGAUCUGCAGGUAUCUGAUAGAUGUUGAUGGGAUGGAUCCUAAAGAGGCUGUAGAGUUGUUCAACUCCUCGCGGGGCCAUGCCAUAGAAAGACAGAACUAUCUAGAAGAUCUACAAUGUGGACCGAAGAGGAGUAACGAGGGGAUGGAGGAGUCGGAGCAGGAGCCGAAGAGAGGUCGCGCCACACGUCGGCCGUUAGACUCCGACAGCAGAGAGGAGAGACAGCCCCUCUUUAACGAGUCCUGGUACCACAGCAGAUCUUUCCCUCCAAGAGGAACAAACCACCGCUCACAUCACCACCAUCCGCACGACGGCCGUCUUCCCAGUCCACCAUUGUUACCCCCGCCUCCUUUCUAUCCACCAACGGCAGCCCCUCACAACCCGUAUCGAUGGACCCGCUCUCAUCCUGACAGCCAGUGGAGGAGACCCCCCAGCCCAGAGGAGAGCCGGUCCAGAUAUCCUCCAGCAGAGCCGGAGUGGCGUCAGUACUCCCGCCGGCAGGAGGACAGAAGGAGAGCUCCUCCUCCCCUCCCCCAAUACUCCCCACGCUGGACCAGCGAGUCCAACAGCCUCCGUGACGGACCUGAGAAGGAGUGGACAGGUCCCAGACAUCACCACAGACAUUCACACAAAAACAAAGACAACACAUAUGACAACUACUAGUCCGACCUGCGUUUGACAGAAGCCGGGACGCUGAGAUGUUGCCCUCAGUUUUAAACAGCUGCAGUGUGAUGACAGCUGAGCUGAUCGCAGCACAGACCUCUUUAUGGGUCUGUCGCUGCAUUUAAUUGAGCUUUAUACUGGAUAUCUACUGUCUGUCCUAAAACAAUACUCACAUGCCCACAUGAAUAAGUAAUAAGAGAUGUCCCGAGCCGAUCCUAAGUAUCGGCAUAUUUUAAUGGAUCGGUAUCUAAAAUAAAACCGAUCACAAGCCGAACUUUACUGCACUCUGCUGUGUUUGUCACCUCGGCCUGCUGGUGUUGCAGCUCUCCUGUAACACAGCCGGCCUCCGCGCUGCAGCGGUUCACUGCGUAUGAGAGUGAAAAUUUGAGUGUUUUGAAUGUGAAAAAUGAUUUGAUUGCGCUGGUUCGGACUCUGUUUCGCAUCAGCAAAGCUCCAGCGUACUACAGAUUCUCAGUUUCAGCCGGCGAUGGCGGCACUUUCGCCAGUUAAAACGAACGUCGCCCGCAAUAACGUUAAUUUCGUGAGCAACUUGGUGACGGGCUAAACUAGAACCUGGCUGCUGUCUGGUUUGUGUGUCUGUACCACCGCUGUUCGACCGCAGGACUGAAACAGGACGAGAACACUUUAGAUCAACAUAGUGUUGGCAGCAGCGACCGUUUGGACGGCCGGGUCAGGAAGAGUGACGUUCUCUCCUUAGUGUGCAGUUUAUAUGGACGUCUCGCUCUCCGUAUCCCCUCCCCUACACGCACAACACUGUCACUGAAAAACACAUCAGAAAGCAAAAAAUAUCCAAAUAAUUUUUAAUGCCUGUGUUUUAUUUUUCAGUGGAACUUGUUUCGGUGCCAAUAAAAUGUUUUCCAAAACAAA